UUAAUUCCUCUCUCUCUCCUCUUUCUCUCUCUCUCAAACUGAGAGAAGUUUUACCAAAGAAUAAACCCAAAAAAAAGAGAGAAAAAAAAAAGAAGGGAACCCCAUAUCCAUUUCUCCAUGAAAAGAUAAACCCUAAUCUUCAAAUUCUAAACCUAUUCACAGAAGUCAGAAUCAGAAGAAAAAAAGAGAAGAAAGAUGUCUCAUUCGGUGUUCCAGACAGCCCAGAUUAUGCCAUUGGCACCAACCCCAAACACCUUAUCAUCCAAAUCCUUACUGCCAACCACCGCCACUUUCAGGUCUACGGUUUCGCCUGCGGUGGCCGGUAAGCUCCGGAGGUGUUGCUUUACUGUCAAGGCGUCAUCUUCGGCGGUGGUUGAUGACGACGCUGUUGCCAGUCUGGAGCGGUGCUUUCAGGCGUCGCCUCCGGCCGCGGAUGCUCCGUCGUCGACUUCUUCUAGCACUGCGGAUUUUGGUCCGGUUAUGAAGGGGAAGUACGGUGCGUUUGGUGCGGUAACUUUGGAAAAAUCGAAACUUGAUUUGACGCAGAAGCAAACCAAGUCUAGUCCUGAGCUUUCGACUGGGGGAGGAGGUGGUAACAUUGGGAAGGGUCUUAGUCAUGGAGGUGGUGAUGGAGGUGAUGAUGGUGGUGAUGAUGAUGAUUACUUUGAUGACUUUGAUGAGGGUGAUGAAGGAGAUGAAGGUGGACCAUUUAGGAGAAGGAUCAUCCUAGCAGAGUUGUUUGAUCGAAAGUUUGUUGAUGCUGUACUGAAUGAGUGGCAAAAGACAAUGAUGGAUUUGCCCGCAGGAUUUCGUCAAGCCUACGAAAUGGGUUUGGUCAGCUCUGCCCAAAUGGUGAAGUUUCUGGCAAUCAAUGCCAGACCUACGACCGCGAGGUUCAUUUCUCGGUCUCUUCCCCAAGGACUGUCAAGAGCAUUUAUUGGGAGGAUGAUUGCCGAUCCAGCCUUUUUGUACAGGCUGCUUCUUGAGCAGGCAACUACAAUUGGUUGCUCUGUCUGGUGGGAGAUCAAGAAUCGGAAGGAGAGGUACAUUUUAGACUUGAUCAACGUCCUCACUGUGACGGCUUGCAAUGCCAUUGUUGUUUGGUCACUUGCCCCCUGUCGUUCAUAUGGAAAUACCUUCCAAUUUGAUUUGCAAAAUACACUGCAGAAGCUCCCAAACAAUAUUUUUGAAAAGAGCUAUCCGCUUAGAGAAUUCGACUUCCAAAAGAGACUUCAGUCCUUCUUUUACAAAGCUGCAGAGUUGUGUAUGGUGGGAUUUACUGCAGGAGCGGCACAGGGUGCCAUAUCAAACCUUGCUGCCAGUAGAAAGGAGGGAAGGUUAUCAGUGACCGUUCCAUCUGUGAGCACCAAUGCACUUGGUUAUGGAGCUUUUCUUGGUCUUUAUGCAAAUUUGCGAUAUCAGCUCUUAUGUGGUUUUGACAGAGCAGUUACCAACUACUUUGAUGUUAUUGGAGUGGCUCUGUUCUUUAGCACAGCCCUCAGGGUCCUGAACGUUCAGUUGGGAGAGACGUCUAGAUUGGCUUGGUUGGGUGUGGAGGUUGAUCCGUUGGCUCAGUCAGACGACCUCUUGAAGGCUGCUUACAACAGACCUUCAGAAGGAGCCAACCAGUCAUCUUCAAAAUGGUUCAUAUCCAAGAAUGCUAUUGUUUCUGGGCUCGGGCUACUCGGGAUCAGACAGGGACGAACCGACUCAAACAUGGAGGGGGAAACACCUCCUCCAAAGGCUCGGAGGAAGAGAAUCGUUAGAAGGAAGGUGGCUACAAGUUGAAACAAAAGCCGCACGUUCCGUUUAGUUGCUAUCAGACUCUUCAAUUUUGCAGCCUAGUAGACGUACACGAAUGCUGGAUUUGGCAGUGAAACAAUUGUAAUGAAAUUUGGGAAGGAUUUAUCGCAAUAUUCACCAAUUCUUUUUUGCUGAUUGUGUGGUUACUGUCACUGAUGAUAAUGUAGUGCAAUAAAUUUGUGGAUUGCAGAUAGAACGUACUUUUAAGGAAGUCUGAUGGUAGAUGUGAUGUUCUAUUGUUCUGUUCUUGUUGAAGUGCGUUAGGAUAUAUAUGUUAACUCCCUUUGAAUUUC